AUGAAAGUGUUUGUAACUGGAGGAUCCGGAUUUAUUGGAACAACUGUUAUUCAUAAAUUGUUGAAGGCUGGCCAUGAAGUUGUUGGUCUAGCGAGAUCCGAAGAGUCUGCUGCGAAGCUGGAGUCCAUGGGACCCCAGGUGACAGUCGUUCGUGGAGAGCUGGGAGAUUUAGAGGUUCUUAAAAAAGCGGCCUCGGAGGCGGAUGGAGUGAUUCAUUUAGGUUUCGUUCAUGACUUUUCAAAGUUCAUUGAAUGUUGUGAAAUCGACCAACGUGCCACUGUGGCUAUGCUAGAAUCACUUGAGGGUUCGAACAAGGCCUUUGUGUACACGAAUGGUACACUGGGGCUGCCUGCUGGAAAGGUGUCUGAUGAAAAGGUCCCUAGUGACACUUCUACUGGUAAUGUACGCAGCCAAACUGAAGCAAUUGCAUUGUCGUUUAAGGAAAAAGGUGUGAAUGUGACCGCCGUCAGAUUGCCGCCCACUGUCCAUGGACCGGGAGACAAAGCCUUUAUGCUCUGGCUGAUCGGAAUUGCUAAAAGGUUGGGCAAGUCCGGUUAUAUUGGAAAUGGUGAAAACGUUUGGCCCGCUGUGAACCGACUCGAUACUGGUGAUUUGUAUAGGCUCGUUCUCGAGAAGGGCACUGCAGGAAGUGUUUACCAUGCUGUUGCUGAACAAGGCAUAAAGACCAAAGAUAUUGCCAAAGCCAUUGGUGACAUCCUUGACGUUCCCGUUGUUUCCAUCAACGCAGAAGACGCACAGGAACAAUUUGGAUUUUUGGGUAUGUUUUUUGGUAAAGAUAGCCCAGCUUCUAGUGAAAUUACCCGCAAGGAGCUAGGUUGGAAACCACACCAUCCCGCACUUCUGGAAGACUUGCGGACAAACUAUCGUUUAUAA